ACGUAGAAAGGUGAUGCGGUGUCACGGACACGGUUGACUCUGUCCGCACGGAUCAUUGCCACAGAAGCGCCCAGUAGUAUGCAGAAGUCGAAUCCAACUUCAAGCUGAGUGUACGCAUGUGCCUCUGUCAAGCGGGAAUCAAGAUCAACGAACAGAUUUUUUUUCGUGAGUGGUAUACUUUGGGAUACAUUCAUUUUCAUUGGAAGGAUACUGAUUGCUGUUCUAGCUAGCUGAAUGAAGAGUACUUUGCUUUGAUUGUGUUGAUUGCUGAAGGUAACGGGUGACGUCACAAUGAAGUCGUUUCUUUCAAUCAUCUUUGUGUGCUUCUAUUGUUCCUGUGCUGCGGACAAGGUCUUCUUUGUGGACCAGAUCAAUUUUGGAAUAUACCACAGUGAUAUCGAACCUGGAAUGGUCCUGACCGAUCAGGUCUAUCAGAGGGCGGUCUUCGAAUAUAUCCACCGACCGGGGGUCAUGACCUAUGACUUCGAGACAAAUAUGGUGGUAUGGGGACAGCGAACACCGCAUAAGAUUGGAGGCGAUGUUCUGGACGGUGUGCCAAACAAGGUUGUCAUCAUUCCCGGCGUUAAGCCUUUCUGCAUCACGUUCAACAAUUUUGACCGAAGGAUCUACUGGUUUGGGAACGUCUCUAGAAUUUUCGAAUCAAUCAGACUAGAUGGGACUAAUAAGAUAAAGAUUUAUCGCAAUGACAGGCAUAUAUAUGGACUAAGCGCGGACGGUCAGAAAGGAAAGCUUUAUUUUUCUGAGGGGGAUCGCAUCACGGAAAUGAAGGUGGAUGGUACAGACAAAGAAGUCAUUGUUGAUACGGACCUGGUCAAUGUUACUGCUUUCACAAGAAACGCACAAGAUAAUUGUCUAUACUGGAUCAACGGCCAAACAGUCGAGAAGUACAACUUGGAAACCAACGUACGUACCGCCAUCGCCAAUAUAUCAAUAUUAAUCGGUUACGCUGAGCACAUAGUCGUUUAUAAUGACGUCAUUUAUUGGGCAGAUAAUAAACGAGGCGGGAUUGGCCAUCUACACCUGAACGAUCCCACCAAUCAAGACUUCCGUACAAAUAUCACAGUGAGUGGGACCGAGCAAAGUUUGGCGGGGAUACUGGAUAUGAAAGUGUUCAUUCACGAACGUGUCGACUACUGCAGCUCGUCUCCAUGCCAAGAGGGUCUCAACUGUAUUAGUGACAGAUUCGAAUACAACUGCGUAGCCAACAACACAAGCAACAACAACACUGACAACAGCACUGACAGCAACAAUGCCGGGAGAAAUACAACAUCAUUAAAUAACGGCGGAUUGAAUCCGUGUGGUUUACGCGGUGAAGACUACCCGUGUGACGCGAUACGUGGUGUCUGCUAUAACAACAACGGAUCAGCCCUCUGCGACUGUCAAGAGGAAUACGUUCUCGGGAUUGAUGGCGUCACGUGUUUAGUCCACGCAAACUGCCGAAACUGUGAAUAUGGCGAAUGCAUCGAGGCCAACGGCAUGUAUGAAUGCAUCUGCGACAGCGGGUUCACACUAGCCGGAGAUGAACGCUGUGAAGAUGUAAAUGAAUGCCAAAGCUCCGUUUGUGACCCGGAAUAUGGCGUAUGUGUGAACACGAAAGGAGGAUACUACUGUACCUGUCAGACCGGUUUUAUAACAGUUGGGGACGGAUUCACGUGCCAAGUGGACUGUAAGGAAAAUACCUGUCAAAAUAAUGGCACAUGUACAGACAAUCAGUGCUUCUGCCCAGAUGAUAUCGAAGGGAUAUUGUGCGAAACUGUUGACUUGGAAACGGAUGACGACGACGAUACUGAGACCAACGUGUCCGAUAAUUACGAUGACCCAAUCACAAUGCAGCUGCCGAGGAACAUCAUCAUCGUCAUCACCAUAGUCGUACUCUUAAUCAUCAUCAGCAGCAUCGUCAUCGUAGUCGUCUGCUACAGAUGCAAGAGGAAUGAAAAAAACAAUGAAGCCGCAUAAAGUCAUUCUUAGACAAGAUUCGGAAUCCUCAGAAGACAUACGACUACAACCAAAUGAAUGCAGAGUUUUGAGGUUCGAGCCCUGCAUGGAUGACCUUAAAUUUCGGUCACAGAUGCAAGUAUUCAAUACAACUCUGUAAAAGAAAAAUCAGUAACACACUCACACAUACCACUCAAGUUUGCCAUACUUCAUUCUCCCCGAAAGGUGGCGCAAUGCAACGUUUAAAAGUGAUCCAGCUUUGAGGAAGAAUUAAGCCCCAAUCUGGUGCUUAUCAAACGUGAAAAGAAUUGUAUGACGUAUAACGAAACUGACGUAAUCUAAUCCCCUGUAUUAUCGACACAUUCCAUUGCUACGAUACUGAACAAGUAACAAUAAAUAUUUACUUUUUUAUUUUAAUUUCUUUUCUUUUUUUUAUUACAGGAAAUUUUUAACAGUUAUAAACAAAUAACAAUAUGAUAACGGUCUUUAAUACGUCUCUUGAAGUGGUUAUAGUUCACAGUUAUGAUAGUCCAGUAUAUAAUCCAGAUUAGAUCCAAGUUUGUUGGCGAAAAUUCCUUACAUUAAAGUUCACAAUGAUGGCGAUGAUGAAACUGAUGUUUCAUUUUUUUCAUUUUCAUUUCAUUUAUUUUUGGAGCACGAUGAAUAACAAGAGUCACUGUAACGAGUUGACAUGUCCGUGAAGCCGAUGUUGAUAAUGAAUAACAGUCAAUUUCAGCAAUUCAUGGGUUGAAAGGCGUUCAUCAAAACAGGUUGAUGAUCUCGAUGAGAACUGAGAAUUCCUUUCUCAAAUAACAGCAAACAGUUCAUUGAAGGUGUGCAAA